GCUCUCUAGAGUCCCGUCAAUGAGCCGACUCUCCAUCUCGCGAGGGUUGAAAGUCGGUGGCGUAGGUAGUUAGUGGUCCUGGAGGCCGGGCGGCGGCGGCGGCGGCGGCGGAGCCGGGUCCCUGCUCUGCGCUCUCUCGGGCUUUCUCUCCCUUAACCCCGCCCUCGGCCCUCGGGCGCACCCGCCCGCCUCCCCUGACCCGGUGACCCCGCUGGCCCCGCCCCCCCGCGACGUGCUUCCCGCCGCGGGCCGUGCGCGGCUCGAACCCCGACCCGGCGGACCAGGCGGCCGCGACGCGGAGGACGAGGUCGCGGGCCCGGCGCAGCGGCGCGCGUUCGGCAGGGCCUCUCGCCCCCCUUCCGGCUCCCGGCUCCCGGCUCCCGGCUCCCGGCUCCGUGGCCGCCCGCCCGGGCCCAGGUCUCUCCGUCGUCCGCGCCAGGUGACGCAGCCGCAGAGCAUGGCGAGCGCGGCCGAGCCGCCGCCGCCGCCGCCCGCCGAGAGCGCGCCCUCCCGACCCGCGGCCCCGGCCGGCGGCGCCAACAAAGGCGGCCCCGAGGGCGGCGCGGCGCCGGCGGCUCCCGGGGCGGCGGGCCCCGCGGACUCGGAGAUGGAGGAAGUAUUUGAUGAUGGGUCUCCUGGAAAGCAAAAAGAAAUUCAAGAACCAGACCCGACAUAUGAAGAAAAAAUGCAAACUGACCGAGCAAAUAGAUUUGAGUAUUUAUUAAAGCAGACAGAGCUGUUUGCACAUUUCAUUCAACCUGCUGCUCAGAAGACUCCAACCUCACCGUUGAAGAUGAAACCAGGGCGCCCACGAAUUAAGAAGGAUGAGAAGCAGAACUUGCUAUCAGUUGGAGACUACCGACACCGGAGAACAGAGCAAGAAGAAGAUGAAGAACUAUUAACAGAAAGUUCCAAAGCGACCAAUGUUUGUACUCGAUUUGAAGAUUCUCCAUCAUAUGUCAAAUGGGGGAAAUUAAGGGAUUAUCAGGUCCGAGGAUUAAAUUGGCUCAUUUCUUUGUAUGAGAAUGGCAUCAAUGGCAUCCUGGCAGAUGAAAUGGGUCUGGGGAAGACUCUUCAAACAAUUUCUCUUCUUGGCUACAUGAAACACUAUAGAAACAUUCCCGGCCCUCACAUGGUUUUGGUUCCUAAGUCUACGUUACACAACUGGAUGAGUGAAUUCAAGAGAUGGGUGCCAACGCUGAGAUCUGUUUGCUUGAUAGGAGAUAAAGAACAGCGAGCUGCUUUCGUCAGAGAUGUCUUACUGCCGGGAGAAUGGGAUGUCUGCGUGACAUCUUACGAAAUGCUCAUUAAGGAGAAGUCUGUUUUCAAAAAAUUCAAUUGGCGGUACUUGGUUAUUGAUGAAGCUCACAGGAUCAAAAACGAAAAGUCUAAGCUGUCAGAAAUAGUGAGGGAGUUCAAGACUACGAACCGACUGCUGCUCACCGGAACACCGCUACAGAACAACCUGCACGAGCUCUGGUCGCUUCUUAACUUUCUGCUGCCAGAUGUCUUUAAUUCAGCAGAUGACUUUGAUUCUUGGUUUGACACAAACAAUUGCCUGGGGGAUCAAAAGCUUGUUGAGAGACUUCAUAUGGUUUUACGUCCAUUCCUCCUCCGUCGAAUUAAGGCUGAUGUUGAAAAGAGCUUGCCUCCAAAGAAAGAAGUAAAAAUCUAUGUGGGUCUCAGCAAGAUGCAAAGGGAAUGGUAUACGCGAAUACUGAUGAAGGAUAUAGACAUACUCAACUCUGCGGGGAAGAUGGACAAGAUGAGGUUACUGAACAUCCUGAUGCAGCUGAGAAAGUGCUGUAACCACCCGUAUCUCUUCGAUGGAGCCGAGCCCGGCCCUCCGUACACGACGGACAUGCAUCUAGUCACCAACAGUGGCAAGAUGGUGGUGCUGGACAAGCUGCUUCCUAAGCUGAAAGAGCAAGGUUCACGGGUACUAAUCUUCAGUCAGAUGACAAGGGUAUUGGACAUUUUGGAAGAUUAUUGCAUGUGGAGAAACUAUGAGUACUGCAGGUUGGAUGGGCAGACACCCCACGACGAGAGACAGGAUUCCAUCAAUGCCUACAACGAACCAAACAGCACGAAGUUUGUUUUCAUGCUGAGCACACGAGCUGGUGGUCUUGGCAUCAAUCUUGCUACUGCUGAUGUGGUGAUUUUGUAUGAUUCAGACUGGAAUCCCCAAGUAGAUCUCCAGGCUAUGGACCGAGCACAUAGAAUUGGCCAAACCAAGACAGUCCGAGUAUUCCGCUUUAUAACCGACAACACGGUAGAGGAGAGAAUAGUGGAGCGCGCAGAGAUGAAGCUCAGGCUGGACUCCAUCGUCAUUCAGCAAGGAAGACUUGUGGAUCAGAAUCUGAACAAAAUUGGGAAAGAUGAAAUGCUUCAGAUGAUCAGACAUGGCGCAACACAUGUGUUUGCUUCAAAGGAGAGUGAGAUUACUGAUGAGGACAUUGAUGGAAUUUUGGAAAGAGGCGCCAAGAAGACUGCAGAGAUGAACGAGAAACUCUCCAAAAUGGGCGAGAGCUCACUGAGAAACUUCACAAUGGACACUGAGUCAAGUGUUUAUAACUUUGAAGGAGAAGAUUAUAGAGAAAAGCAGAAGAUCGCAUUCACAGAGUGGAUCGAGCCUCCUAAACGAGAAAGGAAAGCCAACUACGCGGUGGAUGCGUAUUUCCGGGAAGCCCUGCGUGUCAGUGAACCGAAAGCACCCAAGGCUCCUCGACCUCCCAAACAACCCAAUGUCCAGGAUUUCCAGUUCUUUCCUCCACGUUUAUUUGAAUUAUUGGAAAAGGAGAUUCUGUAUUACAGAAAAACUAUUGGGUACAAGGUACCUCGAAAUCCCGACCUACCAAAUGCAGCCCAGGCACAGAAGGAAGAACAACUUAAAAUCGACGAAGCCGAGCCACUUAAUGAUGAGGAGUUAGAGGAGAAAGAGAAGCUCCUAACUCAGGGAUUUACCAAUUGGAAUAAGAGAGAUUUCAACCAGUUUAUCAAAGCUAAUGAGAAAUGGGGUCGUGAUGAUAUUGAAAACAUAGCGAGAGAAGUAGAAGGGAAAACUCCAGAAGAAGUCAUCGAAUACUCAGCUGUGUUCUGGGAGAGAUGCAAUGAGCUCCAGGACAUAGAGAAGAUUAUGGCUCAGAUCGAAAGGGGUGAGGCGAGAAUUCAGAGAAGAAUCAGCAUCAAAAAAGCACUUGACACAAAGAUUGGACGGUAUAAAGCACCUUUUCAUCAACUGAGAAUAUCAUAUGGUACUAACAAAGGAAAAAACUAUACUGAAGAAGAGGAUCGUUUUCUGAUCUGUAUGCUUCACAAGCUUGGAUUCGACAAAGAAAAUGUUUAUGAUGAACUGAGACAAUGCAUUCGCAACUCCCCCCAGUUCAGAUUUGACUGGUUUCUCAAGUCCAGAACUGCUAUGGAACUCCAGAGGAGGUGUAACACCUUGAUCACUUUGAUUGAAAGAGAAAACAUGGAGCUGGAAGAAAAGGAGAAGGCGGAGAAGAAGAAGAGAGGACCAAAGCCUUCGACACAGAAACGUAAAAUAGAUGGAGCGCCUGAUGGCCGGGGAAGGAAAAAGAAGCUGAAGCUAUGAGUGCGGAUCUGUUCUAUACUUGCUGCCCUUCAGCCAGUAGCAGUUUACUUUACGGGUCUGGAUGAGACGUGCUGUGCAAGGCUCUCGGGUGUCAUCAGAGACACCGGCUUCAUCUGGUCACUGAGCUAGACACACAGUAUGUAGUUUCACUUUUUAAAUGCCAACAGCUGUGCUGAAAUUGUUUUUUUUUUUUUUUUUUAUCAUUAACACUUGAAGUAAUAAAAUAGGCUUCAUUUCUUCGUAAAUGUUUCAUUUGGUUUAUUUUUCUAUGAUUGUUCCAUUUGUGACAACUGUGCCUGUGUAUCAACUAUAAUUUCUAGACCCGAAAAACAGAAACCUGAAAAUUGAAAUAACAUUUAUCCCCUUCAUCCUUAGCUGUGAUUGUUUCGAUACACUUUGCCUUUGCAGGAGUUUGGGUACCUUCUCAGUAGUGCUGUGGAGCCUCACCUGGGAAGAUUAUUAGCUCGCGUUUCCCUUCUCAUGUGGCUACAGUGGGCAGAAACAGGCAGAUGAACCAUCAUUAAGUCCUGUGCAUAGUUCUCUUGCAGUUUGUUUCCUGUAGUUGGUUCUGAAGUAAACAUGCCUAGUUCUGUUGAAAGAAUGGCCUGUUAGUUGUAUAGCCAAAGACAUGUAGUAUUUUCUUGUUUCUUAAGGUGUUGUACCAUUUUGUAAAAGGAGUAUUAUUAUUUUUUCAUGUUUGGUAAAUAUUUUGACAGAUUACCUUCUGAAGCAGCCACAGCUUACAAAGAUAAUGUUCAGAUAAAGGUGGUUUUUGUUUGUUUGUUUGUUUGUUUGUUUUGUUCGGGCAAAAUAAGGUGUGAGUUUGAGUUUGUCAGACUGUUAAAUUGAAACUGGUAACAGAAUUUAUCCCCUUCUGGUUUAGCUCUUUUGAGUUUUAGAGUAAUUGAAUAUUUUACUACAGUUUAAGAUAAUUUCUAAGUCUGAGCAGCAAGAAUGACUGAACUUCCAGUUUAAUUUUGUACGAAUAGACUCGCAACGCUGGAGCCCCGGCAGCAGGAGCACCCACAUUGUGGUGUCAGGAUUUCAGCUGUGCCAGAGGCCUUUAUGUGCUGCGCAUACUUUGUAUAAAGUUUUAUAUGUGCAAAUUGGGCACAUGAAUAGUUCUCCAUUUUUCUAAGGGAAUGCAAUAAAUGUAGCAUCGUGAAUAAAUAUAACUUUUGUAAUCCUAAA